GGAGGGAGACGUCGCAGAGGAGCCGCUCACAGUCAGCGACCUGCGAGUCGACGAGGAAGCCAGCGUGCCCCCGUCCUCGCGCCCGGCGCCCCCUCGAUCGGUGCCCGAGGUCAGGGGUCGGGCGCGGGCCGACGACGGAGAGGAGGAGGCCGCAGUGCAGCACGGGACCUCCCCGAAGAGGAAGGCCGAGGGAGGCGAGGGCCACGGGGAAGGGGGCAGCGGCGAGCGUCGUCCGCCCGGCAAGAGGGGCCGUCCCGGCGUCUCGGCGUCAUCGCGCUCUAGGAGCAGAGACGCCCACGUACCGGGACCUUGGGGUUUGGCGCCGCCGGCAUCGGCGGCACCGGCGGCACCGGCGCCCGCAGCGACGCGGACGUCGCUGCGGCCGACGUCACGGCAGCAGCAGCAACAGCGCCAGCAGCAGCAGCAGCAGAGCGCGGCGCCGGCGCAGCGGGAGAAGCGGCGUCACUAUGACGCGGAGGAGGUGCGGUGCUACAUGGCGCGGCGCGGCGCCGAGCAGCGGCGGGCGGCGGCGCGCGACCGAGCCGCCCGCCGCGCCGCCUCUGAGCUGAGGAGCCGGCGCCUGCGGGAGCUCUACGUGGCCCAGCGCCAGGCGGCGGUCGCCAGCACCACCGCCACCACCACCGCCGCCGCCACCACCACCGCCGCCAGUAGCGGUGGUGGUGGUGGCGGCAACAAGAAGAGCGACGGCAAUGGCGGUCGGAGGGCACCUGGUGGCAAGGACAAAGUGGACCUGGCGAGCACCUUCACGGCGGCGCCCCUCGACCACGCGGCACGCGACGACUUCCUGAGGCGGCUGCUGCCCGAGAUCUCGGAGGAGAGGCCGAGAAGGAAGCAGCAGGACGGGGACUCGCGUCCUCCCGUGACCUCCAGCAGCCCGGAGGACGACGAUGAGGAGGAUGAUGAGGAGGAUGAUGAGGAGGAGGAUGAGGAACAGGGGGAGGGGGACUCUGCUGGCGACGCCACGAGCCCACCAGCCGGGUCCGGCGGAGACCGGCUGGCGCUGGCGGGGACGCCGGGGAAGGAGUCUGGAGCCCCGGGCACCGGCGCGGCGACGGCGGCGGAAACGGCGGCGGCGGCGUCCCCGGCGAUCAUCGGCGGGCAGCUGGCGCGGAUCGCCGCCAUUCGCGCCGCCGCCGCGUCGCUGUCGCUGCGCGUGGAGGAGGAGACGCGCCGCCUCGCCGGAGUCGGCCUCCUGUCGCCCGCCGCCGCGGCCGCCCUCGCCCGCUCCGUCCCCGCCGAGCCGGAGGGCCCCGGCCGCGGCCUGGGCCUGGAGGACCUGCGCACGGACUUCACGGACGGCGCACGGGGGGGGGGGCCCGCGUCGCCCGCGUCGCCCGGCGACCGUUUCGGCGCCCGCGUGCGGGAGAUGCUGGGGGCCGGCGGCGAGCGCCGCCGAGAGGGCGAGGCGGCGCCGGCGUUUUGGACGGGCGGCUUCCCGCCGGACGGGCACGCGGUGUUCGUGGGGGACCUGCCGGGGUCCGCGGUUGGCCCCGCCGGGACCUCGGCCGCCGCGCCGCCGUCGAGCUACGAGGAACGCGUGGCGGCCAUCGUGCGCCGCCUCGCCGACCGCUCGCUGGGGCCCGCCCCGCUACGGCACGCGGCCUCCUGGUCCGCCGCAUCGCAGCGGCCCGGCCCGUCGCACCCCGCCGACGGCGGUGACAGCGGCGGCGGCGACGGCGGCGGAGCGCGCGACCACGGCGGGGAGCGGUCGUCGAUUCUGAGCGACAGCCCGGGCUCGCUGAGCGAGGGGCCCCUGCUGAGCGAGGGGGAGCUGUCCGACGACGACGACGACGAGCGGCCGCAGUGGCCGACGACCCGGCCCAGGUCGCCGUCCCCGCCGGACCGGCGGGAGCGGCUCGACGGAUCCGGAGCCGCCCCACGGCCGCCCCGGCCGCCCCCGUCGCUGGCGUCGCGGCUCGCCGAGGUCGACUUCUGCGCGAUGCCCCGGGCGGAGGCGGCGGCGCCGGCCUGGGAGGAGCUGGCGAGGGGCAGUCCCAACAGCGCCAUCGCCAUCUACGUGCGGCGGCACGGGGCGCCGGCAGGCCUGGGCCCGUCGGCCGGCGCGGCGCCGGUCGUGGAGACCGGACGCGGCGGUGGCCGCGACGACGUGGAUAUCGCAGACGUGGAGAAGGCGGAGGAGCAGGAGGAACAGGAGGAGCAGGAGGAGGAGAGUCGCGGAGCGGAGUCGCCCGGGCAGCGCUCCGUGGACACGUACGACGAGGACAGCUUCGCCUCCUCCUCCGGCACGGCGUGCACGAGCUUCGGGGCGGCACCGGCGGUGACGGCGCCGCCGUCGGCCCCUCGGUCUCCGGACGGUGCCGAUCGGCAAGGAAUCGGCAGCGGCACAGGGGAGCGGCCGGUGCCCCCCGCGGAGGGACCCCCCCCGCCGGCGAACUCCGCCGGCGAGAAGGACGACGACGCGGGCGGCCUGGCGUCGCCCCCUGAGCCUGCGCUCCCCUCGCCAGUCCGGGGCCCGGCAGGGCGGGUCUCUCCUCGCGCGUGGACGGACGGGGUCGGAGGUCGCCGACGGAAGACUUCAACGAUUUCGCCCGACCUGGAGGAGGAAGGGGCGGAGGAGGUUGCGAGCGGCAUGCGGGACGGGCUUCCGGUCCUCUCCGCCCCCUCCCCACCGCGCGAGGAAAGGGGGCGGCUCGGGUGGGAGGGCGGCGGUGGGCAGCAGCAGCAGGAGCCGUGGGGCCCGGCACGGAGCUCCCCCUGGGGGCUGUCGCAGCGGCUGGCGGCCGAGCUGCAGCUGCUGCAGGCGGUGGAGGAGUCGGCGCAUCAGCUGGGGGCGGUGGAGCGCGCCCGCGGGGUCGCGCUGGCGCAGCAGGAGACCGUGUCCCUGGCGCAGGUCCUCAAGGUACGGCAGCAGCAGCACGAGCAGGAGCUGGCGCUCCUGAGGCUGCGGGCCGAGCGCGAGGCGAUGGAGGCGCAGAGGCAGCUAGAGGAGACACGGGCCCAGCACGUGCUGCAGGUGGCGGAGUUGGCGAGGUCCUUUCCCCCGAGGGCCGCGCCGCCAACAGCGACACGCGGCUCCCCGGACGGCCCCAGGAGGGGGCAGCAGCGUGGGGGGGCCGACGAUGCCUCGAGCUCCGCCGACACGGCCGCCCCCCGCGGCCGCUCCCCCGCCUCCGAGCGAUCGCGAUCCCGGCGCGCCGACCAAUCGGAGAGCUCCGUGGAGGAGGACGCGACGACGGCGGCCAACGAGGAGGAGGAGGAGGGGGGGUCGGCGCAGCGCGAGCGUGGCCGAGGAUCUCCCCGACGGCAAGAGCUCGGAGAAGUCACCGGCGGCGUCUUCCAGAGCGCGUUCGGAGAGCAGCGCCGCCUCCGGCCUGCCCAGCGAGUCGUGGACUGA